AUGAGCGGGGUCAAGAACCUGCGCGCCAUGUUUGAGAACAAGGGGGACGACCCGAGUCCUCCUGACCGCGGGAGAUCUCCUGGCAUACCAGGCAACAGCGGCUCAAAUUCUCCUCGACCUCUUUCAAAGGUACGAUCCAGUUUUGUGGCUAUCGAAAAGGACGGUGUUAUUGGCCUACGGAGGGAUCCAAGCUACGAGCCUAGUCCCUCAAGACGCCCUCCCAGUACCGACAUGGAGACCGCCUCAAAUUCAUCGGCGAUUGGUGCCGAUGACACAUACAAGACCCCUCGCAAGCGCUUUGGAAACGACCCUAUCCCCGAGUCGCCUCGAGAUAUUUCAGCUCCAAUUGGCAGAGAUGCCUUUCAAGAGAAGCUCGCUGCUGUGGCCGAGAAGUCAAACCCCAAGCCCGAAAAGCCAGUGGAAGAAGAACCUACCAAGCCUGUCGAGAAGCCAGAGCCCGUGAAGCAAGAGCCUGUGAAGCCCGUGGAAAAACCUGUUGAAAAGCCUGUUGAAAAGCCCGUUGCUGCGGCUGCACCUAUCACGAAGCCAGCACCCGCAAAGCCUGCUGUUACGGCAACACGUGCAAGGUCGAACUCUCCAGUCAAAAGUUCUGCUCCUGCAGAGAAGGUCAAGCCUACUGCGAAGGAUGCUUCAAAGGAGAAUGAGAAGCCAAAGGGACAGGCCAGGCUCGCUGUUGCGAAACCUGCGGUUGUCAGGAAAGCUGCCUCCACGAUUGGUCUUGCAGCGGCCAACAAGUCAGGGGGCCCUACGAAACCAGCAGCCAAAGCCCAAGCUGGGCCUACAAAAUCAACUCCCUCGACCACAUCAAAACCUUCAGAUGCCAAACCCACAUCCCGACUGGCUGAACGCACCGCAGCAAGAAAACCAACAUCCACCACGACCAGCAGCACCAAUGCCAGCAAAACCACGAGGCCUCCUCCCCUCAAACCCACCCAGGCGUCCGACACGGGAUUUGUCAAGCCAAAGCCCAAGUCACCAACCAAGCCCGUCAGUUUGCCAGCGUCCUUGACUGCACCCACAGCUUCCUCAGUGUCCAAGGGGGGUGCCGCACGGGGACAAUCCAAGUCUUCACUGCAAGCCCCUGCGACCACAAACCGAGCUCCCAGCAGGACGAGUGUAGCAGGCUCGGGAACGUCAAGCAAGCCAACGAAACAGACUUCCACCACCACCCGAGGCCGGCCCAGCCUCGGCGUGCCUCCCAAAAAGGCAGAGCCAGAAGCCCCAAAGCGAGAGUCCCAUGUCGACGAAGGCUUCCUAGCACGUAUGAUGAGACCGACUCAGGCCUCAUCCUCCAAGACAACCGAGAAGGUGCCUUUGACGCCGCCCAAGAAAACCACCCAUUGGGUUCCAUCGAGCGGCGGCAGCGGAUCCCGGCGAAGCAGCAGUGUCAAGGCAAGGGCCCAUCCUGGAUCGCCAUCUACAGCACGCAGCGUUGGAUCCAACGGGGAGGAGUCCUCCCUUUUGGCUGUGGAUGAGUCGGCAGUAGAGAUUGAAGAGCCCGAGCCUGCCGUUCCAGCUCCAGCAAAGCAGACCGCCAAGGCUGUCGAGGUGGCCCCCGCGAAGGAGCCGAAGAUCAACGCCCCUAAAGCUGAAGUCAAGCCCGAACCCAAGGUCGAGGCCAAGCCGGAACCAAAGGUGGAAGCGACCCCUGAGCCCGAACCUGAGAUUAAGGUUGAGCCUGAAGUUGAGGAGGCCAAGCCUGAGCCUAAGAUUGAGAAGGUCAAGCCGGAGCCUGAGGUAGAAAUCAAGACGGAACCGGAAGUCGAGAUCAAAGCCGAGCCUGAAGUUAAGCCUACGCCCGAACCUGAGGCCAAGCCUGAGCCCGUACCGGAGGUAGAAGCCAAGCCUGAGCCUGAGCCUGAGGUGGAAGUCAAGACCGAGCCUGAAGUCGAGGUCAAGGCUGAGCCAGAUGUUGAGAUCAAGGCCGAGCCUGAGGUCGAAAUCAAGCCCGAAGCUGAAGCCAAGCCUGAGGUUGCUAUCACCUCUGAUGCUGAGGUCAAGCCCGAGCCCCAGCUGCCUUCCGCUGACGAGAAGACCGCCGACUCUGCCGUCCAGCCAGACACUGGUAAGGAUAGCAUAAGUACUCCCCUUCCAGUCGAAGAGCAGACGAUCCUCACGGAAGACAAGAAGCCCGAGGCCAGUGAAGUGUCCGCUGUUGCUUCAUCAUGA